AUGCUAUAUCUUUCGAACAAUGAAGCUCAUCCGGGGUUCCACGACGAAGUGGACAUAGAGUUCCUGGGCACAACGUUUGGGAAGCCCUACACGUUGCAGACAAAUGUUUACAUCCGAGGAAGUGGGGAUGGGAGGAUUAUAGGGAGAGAGAUGAAGUUUCAUCUGUGGUUUGAUCCUACAAGACACUUCCACCACUACGCCAUCCUGUGGAGUCCUAAGGAGCUUAUGUAA